GUGUUCACUUGUGAGACGACUGCUGCUCUAUGUGAUGAUGGUUGUGCCAGCGUUCGAGCUGCCCUACCUUAGGACCCAGGACGUUCCCGAGGUCCCAAAGGGCUUGUCGUCUGCUCUGGGAUCUAACCGCUUUCGGAUAAGUGUGCGAAUGGGAGCAGCUCCCCGCCAACUUGGAAAAGUUCCGCGACAAGCCUUUUGUUUCUUCUACUCUACACACUGACCCGUUGACAGUGUUCACUUCAUUUUCGACUGAAGAAAAGGGUCAAAAUGGCCUCCUCUCCUAUUACACUGGUCGUGCGCCCUCGUGGACGCCCGAUCAGAAACCUGCCGGAAACCAUCACGGUCAGCCCCGAUGCUGGCACCACCGAAAUCUUUGAGAAGAUUGCAGAUGCCUCUCAAUUCUCCAUCCACCGGCUGCGAGUCACAAAGGGCAGCGAUGGAACACCAAUUCCCAAGUCGACCGAGAUUCCAGUGCACGACACAGGGCUUCGGAACAAGAGCGCGGUGGACGUGAAGGACUUAGGUCCGCAGAUUGGCUGGCAAACCGUGUUCCUGAUCGAGUAUCUGGGUCCCAUCCUCAUCCACCCUCUUUUCUACUACGGCCGCUCCUUCAUAUACGGUACCUCUGAGCCCCCAUCGAAACUCCAGACCAUCUCCUUCAUCAUGUUCGUGUUACACUUUCUGAAGCGCGAAUACGAGACGCUCUUUGUGCACCGCUUCUCGGCCGCGACGAUGCCGUUCAAGAACGUCUUCAGGAACAGUGCGCACUAUUGGCUCCUAUCUGGGUUAAAUUCGGCGUUCUGGAUCUACUCUCCGAACUCGCCCACCGCGGGCCCGUCGAACCCUCUUAUAACCUAUACUGGCAUCGCGCUCUAUGUGAUCGGGGAGCUGUGCAACUUCUCCACGCACAUGACGCUCCGCAAUCUGCGACGACCAGGUAGCACGGAUCGGGGGAUUCCGAAGGGCCUCGGGUUCAACAUCGUAACCUGUCCGAAUUAUACUUUCGAAAUCAUCUCGUGGGUGGGUGUCUGGCUGGUGACCUGGAGCCUCAGCACGGCCGUGUUCCUAGUGGCAGCGAUUGCGCCGAUGACUGCUUGGGCCGUGAAGAAGGAGAAGCGCUAUCGCAAGGAGUUUGGGGACAAGUACAAGCGCAAGAGGUUCGUCAUCAUGCCCGGGAUCUACUAGGGCGUAGGGUGGCGCAGCCCAAGGAAGGGAACGGCUGGGGAACUGAAAACAGGCGACGAACGAAAAGUCUUAUGGGAGCAUGUCCGUUGCGUUAUAUCUGUCAUCCUGUCCACUUUCGAGUAAGGCUGAAUCGCGACAUUGCCUUCGAAAUCGGCGGUGCAUCCAUUUCGAUGCUCUGCAUUUCGCGUACUACUUUGUUCCCCCAUUACUUGUCUUUUCCGCCUUUCCCGUAGACUAGUGGCACCCAACAUUGGACGGACCGGAGCGGAUGUCCCACGUUGCACAGCUCUAUUUUUCAGCAAACACGU